AUGUUGAGUAUAGUUGUUGAAUUUGAUGUAAAAAAUACAGUGACCUAUGAUGAUGUGCAUGUCAACUUCAAUUGUGAAGAAUGGACUUUGCUGGAUCCUUCCCAGAAGAAUCUCUACAAAGAUGUGAUGGUGGAGACCUACAGAAACCUCACUACUAUAGGAUACAGUUGGGAAGAUCAUAAUGUUGAAGAACAUUGUCAAAGUUCUAGAAGACAUGAAAGGUAA